AUGGCUCCACUAUGGCUCGAUCCAGCACACAAGGCACUUCUAGCAGUCAGAACGGUUAGACGGCGGCUCAUGGUGAUAGAACUUCGUGCUAAAAUAAGUACAGGAAAGAAGCGAAAGGCGAAACCUUCAAACUCCGAUGAUGAAUCUGAAGGAUCGGAUGAGGCAGCGUCGCAAGCAUAUUCGCAAAAAGCUUCACGUCCUUCGUUCGGGAGUUCCGAGCUUCGUCCCUGUGUCAACAAGAUCAUUCAACUUCUGCUUCUGAGGCGCGUCAUUCUUUCUCGCUCUCGUGUUCAUGACCUGCAUUGCAGAGAUACGCAGAAACUUGCCGUUCCUCGUGACAAGAUUCUGAAAGUUUUGAAAUCAAAACUAGGGGAUCGUGGAGCGCGGGCUGCCGACGAGGUUCUCAAGACUGUCAAGAUCAAACUAAAGUCUGUGUUCGGCUUCGAACUCAAAGAAGGAUCAAAAUCUGAACUUUACUCUGAUGUGAAGAAAACGCAAAGUAGCCAGGUUUCUCAGAACUCAGUCAAGCAUUACUUUCUAGUAAAUGCCUUGAAAGUCCCUGCAGAAGCAGUUGACGACCAACAAGAAAACAACGAAAACGGAGGAGAUGUCUAUCACGACAACGCCAUGUGGACCAGGGCCGAGUUGGUUGGACUCGCCUCGAGCUCCCUUGGCCCGUCCUUAGGGCUGACCAUGAGCGUGCUUGGGAUCGUUGCCAUGGAGAAGUACAAGGCGAAGGAGUCAGCAUUGCUGGAGGCGAUGCAGAGCCUUGGCUUUCGGAAUGAACAGGCGCACCCCAUCCAUGGAGAUUCCAACACUGUUUUGAAGCAGCUGUGCAACAUGAUGUACCUGGAGAAGAAGUCGGAGAAAGACGAAGACGGCAUGAACCAAUCUUACUACAUUCCUGGUCUCCGGGCGGAGAAGGAGAUUACUCGUCAACGUAUUGUGCGAUGGAUCGAAAAAGUUUUCAAUUGUGACAUGACGGAUGUAGAAAGGGAGGAAUUCUUGGGUGAAGCAGAAGCAGCGCAGGCAUAA